AUGCAAAAGCACCCGCAACUUCUUCGAAGACCCUUACCUCCAAAAUUGCUUAAGCUGUCUUUAUGUAAGAAGAAAAUCCAUACGGCCAAGACUGGUGAAACUAAGUCUCCACAUGUAGUGUUCACUCAAGAAGAAACCAUUUCAAUUAAAAGAGAUAAAACUAGUUUUCCUGAUGUUGUUUCAAGAAAUAAAUCACCAAUACCUGUCAAAAUCCAAAAUUUAUGUGUUGAUUAUCAUGUACAAGAAAGAGUGACUACAAUUUCAACACACCUAAAAUCUACUAAGAAUGUCCACUGGCACAUUCCAGAUACUUCUACUGGUUCCAUAUUUUUGCCAAAUUGUCAUGCAGCUUCCACUCAAGUUUUUGGGAAAGAAACAUGCCAAAUAAAAAGAUCAAGGGAGUCAAAAAAGAUGGUAAAAGAGGUUUAUACUAGCAAAAAGCUAGAAGACAUUUUAAUUCUUUCUUCAGCAUUCUCCAAGCGUCUAAUUACUCCUAGCAAAAUCAUCCCUACCAAACACAAGAAAGCAUACCCCAAGUAUCAACCUUUGCCAAAGACCCCAAGCUAUACUUACCAGCACAUCUUGGCAGAUUUCAGUGAAACAGUGUUAAGCCCUCUACCUAGUACUCCACCUGCUAAACCAGAAGGACGGCGGCUUGACGCUUUAACACAAAGUUCUGUGUGGAAACUAAAGGUUACUCAAUUUCCAGAUGGCAUUUCCCUACCAACACCAGUUUUACCAAGAAAACCUCACAGACAGUCUAUAAUAGAAACUCUUGUAACAGAAAAUGAAAAUGUAGAGACUGUCCCAAAGCAAGUCACUCCAACCCCAAUUGAAGUUACCACCAAAACUAGAAUAAUAGAAUCAGAUAGAAAUUUUAUACGUGGUGAAGGUUUCAAGACUAUUAUAGCAACUCGAUAUGAAACAGUAACAGCCAUGACCAAACUGGCUGUAGUAAACUGUCAAGUACGUGGAAGAAAUGCACUUAAUCUUAAGGGUUUUUUUCUCCUGAAUUGUCCAGACUUAACGUCUUUGGCUUUCCAGUUGAUAUAUCUUAAUUUAUCAUUUAAUGAUCUUAGUUCCUUUCCCACAGAAGUGUUUUAUCUUAAAAAUUUACAAGUACUGAAACUGAGAAAUAAUCCUAUCAAAGAAAUUCCUUCUGAAAUUCAACAAUUGAAGUACCUUAGAAUUUUUGGCAUAGCUUUUAAUUGGAUUACUGUCCUUCCACCUGGGUUAUUUUGCUUGUCCUAUCUUGAGGACCUUGAUGUUUCCUACAAUGAAAUUAGUUUUAUUCCAAAUGAAAUCCAGAAACUCAGGUCACUGGAAAAACUGAAUGUCGAUGGGAAUGCACUGCCUUUUCUCCCAUGUGGAAUUCUGAGGCUUAACCUGAUAAAAAUUCACCUUGCGAAUAAUUUUACUCAUCCUUGCUUUUGGAAAGAUUAUUCUUGGAAUAAUCCACAACGACUUACUCAAAUUGCUUCUUUGUUCAUUGUCAGAAAUAACCUACAGAAAUUUUAUGAUGACAUUCCAGUAGAAAUUCAAAAGUUACUAAAUUGCACAUCCAAGUGUGAAUGGUGCCAUGGUCCUAAGUUUGGCGAAGGUUUUCAUAUCAUCCGACCCUAUGAUAUUUUUGGAGCAUUACAGCUUCCUGUUAUGUUUCAUGUCUGUUCUUCUCAUUGCUAUAGAAAAAUAAAGGAAAGCAGUUUUAUUUCAAGUAGCAUUCCUGAUAAAAGAAUAGGUCUAAAUUCGGAGUUGACAAAAGAAUGAUAGUACAAUGAUUUACCAUCCCCACUGUAAAAGCCAAUAAAAUUUAUAUAUAUAGUAAUUUGUCUCU